AUGUCCGAUCGUACCCUGCGUCAUCUCAUACAGUACUCCUCACUCAUCUCAUCCCAGUUUAGAUCCCAACUACUCGCCCCAAGUAUGAACGGCCACUCGAUCCGCCAGAUGAUCGUCUCACCCCCUCAGCCAUCCUCAUCCUCAUCACCCGACUCGACAACCCCAAACCAGAACCCACCCCCUCAAUUUGCACUUUCAGAGUUCCCCGAUCUACUCACCCGCAAGCUCACCCUGGACGUACCCGUUUACACCGUCUGGGGGGCCUGUGAGGAUGUCUCUAUCAUCGAAAAGAUCCGUGCCGCUGGUCCAUCCGCCCUCAAUACAUCAUCUCAACCGGCCAACAAAACCCCAGAAACCAAUCAGAAACAUGGCUAUCUAACCCCAUACUCGAUCCCCAACCUAACCGUCCUAGAUGAAGCUACCACUCGCUGUUUGGUAUUCGGCGGGAUCAGGUUACGGCUGUUCGGUUUAGGUGGUGCGGUAGUCCCACAUAAGCUGUUCGAUAAUGGUGAGGGGGGUGCGACGAUCGCCGGUGGUCAAGGUACGAUGUGGACAAGCAUCCUACAGAUCGGAGAGGUCGUUGACACCGCUCAACGUGUCUACGACCCAACCGAAACUAGGCUGUUGAUAUCACAUGCCAGUCCCGGCCGAGAAGGCCUAUUAGCACAACUAGCACUUGUCUUAAAAGCUGACCUGACCAUCUCCGCCGGUCUACAUUUCCGCUACGGUGUCAGUUAUAAUGAAUUCAGUGUCCAACAUGAUCAAGAUGCUUUUCGUGCCAAGUUACUUCAUGCCAAGGCCACAUUCAACGAGAUUUGGGAUACGGUCAAGAACCAGGUCGAUGCUGUCAUCGAUGACCACCAACGCCAACUGCUUUCUAAUGCCCUAGCAGUAGCCAAUCGUGUUCCUGCCCCGCCUGCCCCUGGCUCGGUUGCGGUGACUGAGGAACCUGCCUGGAAGAAUUCGUGGAACUGGAACUUACCAGACGCAGCUUAUGGAAGUUUGAUUUUGGACAUCAAAGAAGGUCGGAUCGGCGCUGAAAUGCGCAGUCAAGGGUUCAAUUUUGCCUAUCGAUCGCAAUCACAGACGAAGCCACCCACCACACCUCAAAUCAAUCCCCGAGCGCCUGUUGCGCAUGUAUCCACCUCUGCUGCAAACACUAACGACAACCAGGGCCACCAAUCCCUGGCACGACCUCUGAAUCAAUCGUCCAGUCAAGGAAUCCCCUCUUAUGGAAACAAACCACCAACAGCACAUCCCGUCUCAGGCCAUACAAAAAAUUCAUCAUACCCCCAUCAACCCGAAACAUCUGCCCCGCCCUCUUCGGCCGGACCAAACAAUCAUGUUCCUCGCUCUCACCCGCAACAUGGCAGUGCACUCGGAAGUCAAGGCACUGGGCGCACUCCAAACCAAUACACCAACCACCAGCACCGCUACUCAAAAUCGCGAGAAGAUAGGCGGGAUGAGAGCCUGCGCACACCCCCCUCCACCCAAUCAAAUUCAGUACCCCCAGGCGCCGAUUCUAGUACCAAAUCGGCUCCCCAAGCACGGCCUAGAUCUGGUCCAGAUGAGCCAACCAAGAACCCUAGUCAAUCUGCUUCUGCUGCUCCCUCACGGAAAUCGUCGUUUGCCGGUAAGAAGAAAAAAGGCUCUUCCGGAGGGCAAACCAGUGGCUCGAAGAGUGAUUCCGAACGUGCAGCUCAGGAAAAGAGUGAUGGCGACGCUGAAACAGGAACUGCGAAGAACGGUACGGUCAGUGUUGGAUCUGCCAAAGAAUUCAAGGGGAAGAUCGAUGGUGGACCGGCUGAAGAGAAAACAGAACCCAAUGACAAGCUCGUCAGAGCCAGCACUAAUUCCACCGAGUCAACUCCAACAAUGAUGAAUGGCGAUGGGACUAAUAACCAUAACUACCGAGGUCGCCCUGGAUCGCGAGGCAGAGGUGGACAGGGACAAUAUAACAUGAGAAAUAACCGGGGCGGGCGCGGUGGCGGACGAGGAAUGGAUAGGGACGGCUUCAAUUCUCGCCCUGCCGGUCCUGGUCUCGUGGGACCGGCUCUUGCUGGAGCGGGCAUCGGAAACAAAAGUUACAAUAAUAACCACAGCUCUCCGACUAAUAAUAGCGGAACUACUGGUCCGGGAGAUAAUAAAUAA